AUGGUCGUCGUCAGCAGCUCCUUCUUGACGACCCUGCUCGCGCUGCUGCUGCUCACCAGCGCCACCUCGGCCACGCCGGCGCAGCCCCGCGGCGCACCGCCCGCGUCCAACGCAGCCUCCCUCUCAUCCCCAUCAUCGUUAUCGCGUCGGGCGCCCAACUUCAUCUACAUCCUCUCCGACGACCAGGAUGCCGCCUCUGCCACACGGGACGUCAUGCCGCACCUGGCGCGCACCCUGUCCGAGGGCGGCAGCAACUACACGCACUUCUACACGCCCAUGUCCAUCUGCUGCCCGUCGCGCGUCGGCUUCCUGCGCUCGCAGCACGGCCACAGCCACAAUGUCACCUACGUCUCGGCGCCCUUUGGCGGCUGGGAGCGCUACGUCGAGCUCGGGUACCGCGACGAUGCCCUGCCCUCGUGGCUCCAGCGGGCCGGCUACCACACCUCGUACGUCGGCAAGCUCAUGAACGGCAACACGCUCACCAACGCCCAGAGCGUCGCCGUGCACGGCUUCAACCGCUCCGAGAUCCUCCUCGACCCGCACACCUACGCCUUCACCAACGCCACCUACAGCGUCGAUGGCGGCCCGCCCGAAAACAGGCCGGGCGAGUACUCGACCGACCACAUCCGCGACGUGGGCCUCUCGAUGCUCGACGAGGCCGUCAAGAGCGACCAGCCCUUCUUUGUCGGCAUCGCGCCCAUCGGCCCGCACGCCGAGCUGCUGCCCGCGGACAAGAGCGUCUUCCUCCCGCCCGUCUCGGCGCCGCGGCACGCGCAUCUCUUCCCCGACGCCACCAUCCCGCGCACCCCCUCGUUCAACCCGGACCGACCCAGCGGCGCCUACACGAUCCGCAACCUCACCCGCCUCGACGACGAGCAGGUGGCCUACCUCGACGAGUGGUACCGCCUCCGCCUCCGCUCCCUCCAGUCCGUCGACGAGCUCAUCGGCGCCGUCGUCGACCGCGCCGAGCAGCUCGGCAUCCUCGACAACACCUACAUCAUCUACAGCAGCGACAACGGCUACACCCUGGGCAGCCACCGCAGGCAGCCGGGCAAGACGACCGGAUACGAGCAAGACAUCCGCGUCCCCUUUUUCGUGCGCGGGCCCGGCGUCCCGGCCGGCGGUCUGCGGGACGACGUUCACAGCAACAUCGACGUGUCCGCCACCAUCGCUCAUCUGGCGGGCGUCGAGACGCAGUACGAGCUCGACGGAAGGGUCAUGCCCUGGGCGCGUCCUGUCGGUCGCGAAGGCAAGCACGACAAGUCGAUCGGGACCGCGGCUGACGGCGUGGAUGGGGCAUUGACGGGGACGUCGACGCACCACCUCUCCGAGUACUGGGUCUACCUGCUCGACGAGGGCAAGUACGCCGGGGAACAGCAGGCCGCCCUCUACCGCGCGCUGCGGGUCAAGGACGACGGCGCCAACUGGGCCUACACCGUGUGGUGCAACGGCGAGCGCGAGCUCUACGACAUGAAUGUUGACCCGCACCAGAUGAACAACCUCCUCCUCCCCCCGUCGACCAACGGCACGGCGCUGGCGGAACCGUUUGCGCCGCUGCAGAGCCGCACCUCGUCGUCGCACCGCGUGGCCACGCGGCUGGAUGCGCUGCUCCUCAACCUCAAGAACUGCAAGGGCCGGGCGUGCCGCGAGCUCUGGACCGCCCUCUUCCCGCGCGGCGAGGUGCAGUCGCUGCGCCAGGCGCUCAAGACGGAGUGGGACGCCUACUUUGACGCCGUCCCCCGUCUGCAUUACACGAACUGCACGCCUGGCUUCAGGAGGGAAAACGAGCUGCCGGAUUGGAGCGACGACCUGGCGUACGACGGCGCGAAGGGCAAGGGGCCCAAGUAA